AUGCCGUCUCCUCUCAGUCUCCUGCCGCUCCUGCUCGCCGUUCAGCUCCACCUCCUCCUCCUCACGUCCGCCGUCUCUCCUCACGCCGGCCUCAGAAAGAACCCAUCAGGGGCCGCUAGGCGGCGCGGGGCCGAGUCCGGGGCCCGGGAGGAGGGCGAACCCUGCGGCGUCUACACCCUGCCGUGUGGGCGCGGCCUGAGAUGUUUCCCUCCGGACGGAGACGCGAGUCCCUUACGGGCCCUGCUGCAGGGACGAGGAGCCUGUCGGAGCGUCGAGCUCAACGUCUACAGCACCACCACGGCAGGGUCACAGGUUCCGGUCACAAAGAACACUGAGAAGGGUCCCUGUCGUAAACUUUUGAUGUCUGCGCUACAGAAGCUGGAAAUGACGCUGAUCCGGUCCCAUCCAGACCUUUACAUCCCCAACUGUGACCGGAACGGAUCCUUCAAGAGGAAGCAGUGUUUGGCGUCUCACGGGAUGCAGCGUGGUCGGUGCUGGUGCGUCGAUGAGAAAGGACACCGGAUUCCAUCCCGGACCCGAGGAGACGGUCCGGUCAUCUGCAGCAGCUCCUGA